AUGAAACCCAUGGUACACAAGGCUAAGCACUGCCCCAAGGCCAAAACAUCCUCUUCUUUGAGAGUAAGCGCAUACACAAACGCCAUGAAAGAAUAUGAAAAUUUUGAGAACACAGCAUCUAAGGGUGGUAGACGCAAUAUUUCCACAAAGGAACAGAAACUGAAGAGUAUGACACGAAAAUGUUUCAAAGAGAAAAAGUUGAAUAAUGAAAAGGAGACGAGGGUCUACUUUUGUGGAACCAAAGACAAGACACUUCCUGGUAUGCCAACUGAUAAGUCAGCUGGUCAUUCUGUACUGGAAUUUUUCCGUGGAUGCAUCGUUGGGGCAAAGCAAGGAACUGAUGACAAUAACGGCACUGUCAUCACAAGUGCAAAUGACGAAUUCAUUGCUCUGCUACCGAGCAAACAAAACAGGGCCUCACUUUUCAACAAGGAAAAAACAAAACCCGUUUUUGCGACACUGCUAGGGAUGGACAAGCUCGGCACCAAACGUGGAUUUGACAAAACAGCAGUACAAAGUAGUGGGAAGUGCAUCUACAGUUGCAGUGGUCCCAAGUGUAUUAGGAACGCCAGGGGGAUAUAUGACAAGUCUAUUGCUUUAGACGAUGAAGUGCGGGAUGAGGUAUUCCGAAUCAUUACUCAAGCAGAGCAGGUCUUAAGUGGUAGUAUCAGCUCCAAAUAUGUGUAUUGUCACAAGACAAUGAAGAAGAAGUUGGGGGUACCAGGAUUCUGUGGUCGGUACAAGACUGGAGUAUUGGGAGAAACGACAAUCUUCCCUAACUUGGCGCUCGGAAGAAAUGUGUACCUUCCAGUACAUUGUGACAAGGAUUGCUUUUUGUCGGUGACUUCUGUAAGCGACUCUACAGAGUCAAGUGCUGGUGACAUACUAGCCUACUUUUGUUUUCCCUAUGCAGGAUUUGCAGUGGCGCUUAGGCAUGGUGACUGUUUAAUCUUUGAUCCCACUGAGCCACAUUGUAUUUUGUCCAAGGCAGUUUCACGAGACAUUUAUUGCACAUCUUUCUAUUGUAAGAGUGCUUUGAUUGGUGGCAAUGACAACUCAAAAAAGCUCACAGCGGAACAAAUGACAUUUGUAGAACAAGAAUACCCGUAA